AUGGGAAAAGAUAAGAAGAAAGGACCUAAAGCAAAUGUCUUUAAAGUAGCAGGAGCUAAAAGUUUAAAGAAAACCAAAGCUAAGGCAGUUAAUCUAGGUUUAAAAAAUAUGAAACAAAAGGUUGCUGAUAUAGAUAAACAGUUUCUAGAAAUAAAACAGAAACCCUUACCAAAUCCAAAGAAAUCUGAAGUUGUACUCCCACAGAAGAAAGACCAAAGGGAAGUAACACAGAAAGAAAUAUCUGCCACUGGUGAUAAUAUUUCAAAAAUGGAUUUAUAG